AUGGACUUGCCUCCACAGCUCUCCUUUGCCCUCUAUCUGGCCGCCUUUACGCUGGGCUUCCCACUGAAUGUGCUGGUUAUCCGAGGUGCUGUGUCCCAUGCCCGGUUCCGCCUUACCCCCAGCCUUGUCUACGCCCUGCACCUGGGCUGCUCUGACCUCUUGCUGGCAGUCUCUCUGCUCCUGAAGGCCGUGGAGGCCCUGGCUGGGGGAGCCUGGCCUCUCCCAGUCUUCCUCUGUCCUCCUUUUGCCCUGGCCCAUUUUGGUCCCCUCUAUGCAGGUGGGAUCUUCUUGACUGCCCUGAGUGCUGGCCGCUACCUGGGAGCAGCCUUCCCCUUGGGGUACCAAGCUGCCCGGAGGCCAUGCUACUCCUGGGGUGUGUGUGUGGCUAUAUGGGCCAUUGUCCUCUGUCACUUGGGGCUGGUCUUUGGGUUGGAGGGUCCAGGAGGUUGGAUGGACAAUACCACCAACUCCCUGGGCAUCAACACACCAGUCAAUGGCUCUCCAGUCUGCCUGGAGGCCUGGGACCCGGCUUCAGCUGGCCCUGCUCGCCUCAGUCUCUCCCUCUUGCUCUUCUUCCUGCCCUUGACCAUCACGGCCUUCUGCUAUGUGGGCUGCCUCCGGGCACUAGCCCACUCAGGUCUGAGCCACAGACGGAAGCUGAGGGCAGCCUGGGUAGCUGGUGGGGCUCUGCUCACCCUGCUGCUCUGCCUAGGGCCUUACAAUGCCUCCAAUGUGGCUGGCUUCCUGCACCCCAGCAUGGGAAGUGGCUGGCGGAAGCUGGGACUCAUCACAGGUGCCUGGAGUGUUGUGCUCAACCCACUGGUGACUGGCUACUUGGGAGGGGGGACUGGCAGGUGGAUAGCAUGCAUGGCAAAAAUGCAAGAGAUGACAUCCCGGAAGCAGUAG